UGUUUUGAGUGGUGAAUGUUACUUUAACUAUUGGGAAACGUUUGCUACUUAUUCAUUUUCCUUCAAAAUUAGGGAAAUGUUUUCUAUCCGGAUCGGUUCAACUCUUUUAUGAUAAUUAUCUCGACCUGGGGAACGUAACACAGUUUAAGGUAGAGUAGCCCUUAAUAACUGCUACAAGAACAAGUGCAGUUGUGAUGAUCAAGUUUUAAGGUUAUUAAGACUGUUACAAGAGGAGUCCAGUAGGACUUACACUGCCACAUCGACCAUACCAUCUACCUCAGUUAUGACGACCUACACUGAUCACUAUAUUAAAGAGAAACUCACCAAGGAACUCGACGCCACUCAUGUUGAUGACUGGGAGUAUUGAGAAGAUAAGGGACCUCAGAAACAACCUGCAAACAUCUUUGUUCAGACAAUUCUGUUAUGGCAUUUCUUCGUCUUGCUUCAGUAGAUUCAUCUUGGACAAAUAAUUAAAGAUAUUCAUAGAUUAACUAUUUAAAAAAAAUACUUUGGAGAAAUACAGGUUUUAGAGUACAGGGUGUUUGUAAAUUCAUUAUUAUAUGUGGGUCUUGGAAUUGAUUAUAUUGGCUAUAAGCUGAAUUUUAUAUGCAGUAGAAACAUCAGUGACGUGAAAGGUGUAAUUUGUUGCACUUGUUACUUAUAUCUAGCAAUUAUUUUAGCUGAAAAUUUCUUUAAGACGAGUUUUACUGGAUACAAAACAUCAAAAAAAAAAGUUUAUGUAAAACUUAACAAAAUGGGAGAUGUUGUUUUGGUCACUCUCUUUGGCAUUCUGUUAAGAUGGUGUGUAUCCCUGCAUUCAUACUCAGGAGCUGGUAAACCCCCAAUGUUUGGUGAUUAUGAAGCCCAACGUCACUGGCAGGAGGUGACAGUUAAUUUACCAGUCAAAGAGUGGUAUGUGAAUUCAACAGAAAAUGAUCUUUUAUAUUGGGGUCUGGAUUACCCACCUCUUACUGCAUAUCAUAGUUACCUGUGUGGACUGGUAGCAAAACACCUGAACCCCAACUUUGUUGAGAUGCAUACAUCGAGGGGUUAUGAAAGUUAUGAACACAAAUUGUUUAUGAGAUAUACUGUAUUUGUAGCAGAUCUCUUCAUAUACAUUCCACUGUCAUAUGUGUUUCUUUGUGCCCUCUCAAGUAUUUCUCCAAGAAAAAAACAUGGGAAGAUGGAGUAUUUGUCACUAAUGCUUUAUCCAGGAUUGUAUCUGAUAGAUUAUGGUCAUUUUCAGUACAAUAAUGUGUCACUUGGGUUUUUUGUAGGGGCUGUUGCUGCACUGAUAAAGGGUCAGGAUUGUUGGGGCUCAGUGUUGUUUUGUUUAGCACUAAACUAUAAACAAAUGGAAUUGUAUCAUGCCUUACCUAUAUUUUUUUAUUUGCUAGGAAUAUGUUUCAAACAAGGAAAUAUAACAGGCUUUAUGGUGAAAAUAUCAAAGAUUGGCAUUUCAGUUAUUUUAACUUUUACUAUCAUCUGGUCUCCCUUUCUCUGUGAUACAAAACUGUUGCUGCAAGUGGUGCAUCGUUUAUUUCCAAUUAACCGAGGUCUUUUUGAAGACAAAGUGGCUAGUUUAUGGUGUACCCUGUCAGUUUUAGUUAAACUAAAGAAACUAGUUAACAAUAUUAAUAUGGCUAUGAUAUGCCUGCUUUCCACAGUUGUGUGCAUGAUUCCCUCAAGUUUGCUCCUUUUCAUUAAUCCCACCCAGAGGCACCUGCGCUAUUCCCUGUUAAUGGAUCUUUUGUUUUCUUUUUGAUGAGUUAUCAUGUCCAUGAAAAGAGUAUCUUACUCGUAGCAAUACCAGCUUGUUUAAUUUUUAGCGAAGAAUCUUUUAUGGUGACUUGGUUUCUCAUUGUUUCUGUUUUUAGUAUGUUGCCUCUCUUGGUAAAGGAUGGUUUAACAGUUCCACUGAUUGCCUUGACAGUGCUUAUGUAUGUAAUAUUUCAUUCUGUACAAAAUUCAACCAGUCCUUCACACUCAAAACUGUCAACAAAGAAUCCCCUUUGGUUUUGGAUGACAAUGAGCUUCCGAUUCUCCCUGGCUGGCUUUUGUUUUUUGACUGUUAUCUCCUUGACAUUGAAUCCACCACUCAGGUUCCCAGAUCUCUUCCCAGUACUUUUGUCUAUCUAUUCAUGUGUUCAUUAUUGUUUCUUCUGUCUUUACUUUCAUUUCUGCCAGUUUACUAUGAAAUAUAAACACUCAUCAUUUAAACUUAAGAUGCGGUAAUCUGUAAAUACUGCAAUUGGAUUGGAUAGUAUUAAGAAUCACUUUAGAAUAACCUAAUACCAUAUUCUUUGAAACCUUUGUCUAAUGCAGUUUAUGAGGUGUCAAGCUGUUUCUGUCCAUAGGCCUCCUCUCCCAUAGCCAUCCCAGUUUUAGCUACAUUAAAUACUUGGCCUUUGGAAAUUCACUUUAAAUUGGGUUGGCCGUCAACUAUCUUUUACUGUGGGUACAAAUUACAUAGUUGGCACACUAUUUGCAUCUUGCCGGCUAGUCCUGACAGGAUUAACAACAAAUUGAUUGAGCUGCAUUAAGCAAAUCAGGCAGGUGCUAAAUAUUAUGAUAUAUUAAAUAAUUACUUGUUUUAUAAUCAAACAUCAUUAAAAUAAUGUAUUAACCAAGGUGCUCCUUCAUUUUGGACAUGUUAUUGUUAUAUUGUACAACUAAUUUACAGCUUUUGGUGUACAAUUUAAGUGGUGAUCAGGAGAGAAUAUAUAGGCAUUAGAAUAAUUCUAAUCACAGCAAUCAAGUUUUUAUUUUGAAAGUUGUGAAGAUGGUCUGUUACACUCAUGAUGUAAAUUACUAUAUCUAGUACAGUAUACUAUACGUACUUGAGAAGGAUCAAUUUACUAUGCUGAUACUAAUAAAUAAUUGUCUGUUAAUUGGGAUUAGUUAAGUAGGUUACUGUAGAACAUACAUUCCAUUUUUGGUUUAACAAAUGAGACAAAUUUGUACUUAUAUUUAUUUUAAGGAUUCCAUGCUUGUUAGUUUAAGGUAAAUAUAACUCAUGAAAUAAUGCUGGGUUUUAUGAUUUGCCUGCCAUGAGUUUGAGCACCACCCAUUCAGUGAUUUGUAAAUAUUAUAAUUGGUUGGUUCUUCUUAAAGUAGAUACUGAUGUGUUUUGGACUUCAUAUACAUUUUGUAAAAAGGCAAUUACAGUAUGCAGUUCAUAUGACCAAGCAAGUGGUGUGGCUGUUAUAGAAAAGAGAAUGAUCUACAUUACAGAUGUCUGUUGACAUACUUAUAAAAUACUUUUAGUUGAAUUAAGGUAUCAUAAUGGUUUUCUUUCCUGUGGCAAAAUAAGUGUUACUUCUAAGGAAUAUAUGCAGCAAUAUACAAAUACAAUAGUAUUUGUUACACUCCAUAUACUGUAACAUUUAAGCAUGUAUUAUGAUGGAAGGUAUGAAGUAGUUAACAAUACACAGUGGUACCCCAAGUUUUGUACAGCUCCCAACUCAAACAAUUAUGUGAGUGUAUUAUUGUAAGUGCUUUUGUAAGUGUAUUUUUGGGGGUCUGAAAUGAACUAUCCUAAUUUACAUUAUUCCUCAUGGGAACAGAUUCGUUCGGUAAUGGCACUCGAACAGCCUUCUGGAACGAAUUAUGGCUGAAACUCUGGGUACCACUGUAUAGGCAAUUUUGAAGAUGAGGUUUCAGCCUUUUCACACAGUCUGAUAAUUCUGAUUCUCUAGCUAAUAUUUUGCAUAUGGUAUCAGGUACCUUUUAAAAAAAGAUGGCAGUAUCCAAGAAUAUCUUUUUUUU